AUGCUCCCCACCUUCUACGCGUGGUCCAUCGAGCACAUCAAAAACGUCUUCGAGGCAAAGUGCGAGCGCGACGCGCUCCAGGCGCUCGACGACACCUUCUCGCACCGGCUCGAGUUCACGUUCAACGGCGCCCCGCUCCCGCGCGUCGGCCUCCAGAAGAUCGUGCUCGCCAUGCUCCAGACGUCCGGCUUCUGCCUGAACGUCGACUGGCUCAACGCGGUCGAGGUCCCACGCGACGGCUCCAACAGGAACGGGAUGCUCGGGGGGUACUACAUCAUCCGCAACGUCAAGAAGCCCCUGCCCGGAUCGUCGACGCUCGCCUGCUUCGAGCGCCACAAGUCUGUGAACGUCGAGAUCGAGUCCGAGUCGCCAGAUCCGUCCGUCGACAGCCGGCGCAUCGUAAAACUGGCCAUCGUGGCCACGGACGUCCCCGUCCAGACGACCCAGCCCCCGCUCUGA